GAUGUGGGGACCCACUUCAUGUUUUCCUCUCACCUGUCUGGAGAAACAAUUCUCCCAUCUCUAGUACUGUGAUUGGUCGCUCUACUAGUCCUGGCUGAUAAAGGUAGACGACUAUAAGAUGGCCCUCUGUCAGAAACACGUCGAAUCCUGACACCACUGCCACUGAAAAGGAUCAGAGACAGAUUUUGUGGAGAUACUGCUCGUCUGUUUGCCGUCGAGACCGGAGAUAAAAAUGUACUUUCUGCUGCUGUUGUUAGUCUGGGCAGGGCUGUCUGACUGUCGAGAGCCAUUGCACGAGGAUUUGCUGACAGACAGCGAGCUGAAGGGUCACGUGACACGCAUAGCACGAGCUGUUGAGGCUGAGGGGUAUGACAUUGGUUUGCUGUAUGGAACGAAUUUGCAAUCCGGACUAGAACACACGCCUCACCAAGCGGGAUGUGGAGGACCACGCUGCUCAUCCGUCGACAGAAUCCAGAAACUUCGAGUUGCGUCUGACUUCCGGUGAGCGACUGCGCAUGUCUGUACAGAAACGUUCCGCCAUGAGUCCCGACGUGACGGUGGUAGAACGUGUCUCUGGCAGGGAGGAGCUGCGCCGCCCACAAGUCCGAGAUUGUUUCUUCAGCGGCGGCCUGGAGGGUGAAGAGGGGCACGCCUCGCUAUCACUGUGUGAUGGACAGGUGAUGGGAGCCAUCCGGGCAGGCAAACGAGACUUUGAGCUGCACGCACUUCCGGAAACUGCUGCCACCAGGCGUCGCUCGGCAAUCGAACCUUUGCGCGUGCUCGUCACAUGGUCUGAUUUCGAACAGAAAAAGGGAAGACGAGACUACUGAAGUCAUUGUCCUUGACCCUCCCGAUGAAAGCGAGACAGCUCUUGAUUCAGAUUAUGCUUCAGUUGGCAGGCGGUCAGUAGAGGACAAGAGCUUGAUGAUCGAAGUGGGCGUGUACCUGGACAGAUUUUUCCUGAACCGUGUGAAGAACAACUUGGGACUGAGCACAUUACAACAGCUGACAGAUCUCGUGGCUCUUAAAUGGAGUGGUAUCUACGCCCUGCUGUCGAAUCCCCUGGUGGUCGGCUGGAACAUCACCAUUAAAGUUGUGCAUCUGGAGCUGUGGAGGGAGUCCCCCUCUUGGUACAAUGAAAGCAAUAUCCAUAUCGGUGGGCGCCAGAAUAUGAUUUGCAAGUCGACUACUGACAAACCCUUUGACCACAUCUUCUUGGAAACCGCGAACACGACGGACGGCAGAACAGUAGGAAUUAGCUGGUUGAAUAAUAUAUGCAAUCCAAGGUGGCGCUGCUCUGCUGGUAAGGGAGCGAACUUAAAUAGCUGGAUCGAGGCUCACGAAACAGGUCACAGCUUGGGUCUGAACCAUGACAAAACCUUCACGUCUUGUAACCCCAACGUGACAUCGGGAUUCAUGACCAUGAAGGAGACUGUCUUUCAGAGACUGUUACGCCCCGGUCCUCAACAAGACUUUAAGGACAAAGAGCUGUCUGUUUAAAGAAAAUGUUAACAUCUCCUCUAAAUAUAACCCCGUCAACAGCAUCGUUCCCCUCUACAGAG